GUCUGUUAUCGCUUGCUUUUCCAGCUGCAAGUUUCUGCUGCGACCUAUUACCGGCAUUCGAUGCAACUUCAGUGUGACGGGAAGGUUAUUGAGCCUCCGUCUUGCUGUACUCAAGGUUAUCCCUUGAAUCCUUCCGCAGAGCUUUCGCUCUACUAGCACCAUGCUCGUCACUCAACCCAUUCGUCCACGGCCGAUCAAGACUCGGUCGAGAGCAGGGUGCAAAUACUGUCGCGAUAAGAGAAAAAAGUGCUCAGAAGAACGUCCACAAUGUCUUCGUUGUGUGCAGGCCGGUAUAGUCUGUGUCUAUGAGCCUAUAAAGAAGAGGAAGAGAAGAACUUCGAUCCGGCCAGUUGACGCUCAAGACUCUAUGGCGUCGGACGACUCAAGUAGCCCGACGGGCAACACAGACUUCCAGACAAGCCCAGAUACGAAUAUUGUCACUCCACCCGAUGUCUUACAACUAGGCGUAGAAGAAACUUUGUCCCCAACUGCGGCCAUAGAAAGCAGUUAUUCUACUUCGAUCGAUUCGGCAUUUGCAUUAUCCGAAGAUCUCGACGACACAGGCAGCUAUGAUUUCGGUUAUGAUGUCUCACAACAUUUUGAGGACGGGUUCAAGUUGAUGGGGGAUGUGGGUUGUCAGAAAGCAGCUGAAGCCCACCUCCCGCUCUCUCUUGCGACUUUGGACCAGAGUUAUCAGCAGCCAACAGAUGAUCCCUUCUUCAGCGCCAGUUUCGACGUAUCUUGGAAUGAGCAAUCCUGGUCAACUGCAUCCCCGCCCUUGCGGGACCUGCUCCCGCCGACCGGUCGUAACAUCUUCGAUUUACCAGAGAAUACCGGCUUGUUAGAUCACUACUCCAAGGUUAUGCUCCCGACGAUGGGGUUCGUAGAUGGUGUCGCAAACCCUUUUAGGCAACAUAUACUUCCCCUUUCGCAUAGGAGUUCCGCCGUUCGAAGUGCGAUCUAUGCGUUGGCCAGCGCACAUCGUGAAUAUAGCGGUCUUGAGACUACGGAGGGAUCUGCAUGUUUUCAUGAAAGAGCCGUGGCUGGUCUGUCUGCGAUUAUCGAGGAUGGAGAUGGGUUCGAAGAAGCUCUGGCGACGAUCAUUCUGCUCAUUCAGUACGAUCUGGUUCUACAGCGAAGCUCGGACAAAGUGGUAUAUAACCAUCUUCAAGGAGCUCGCCACAUCAUUUGUGCCAUGCCAUCCCCCAAGCCUGCGAGUGUGUUAUUCUUCGACCAGGUGUUUCGCUACUUUGAUGUACUCAAUGCCUUGACGAACGGCACGUCUCCCGUGUUCACAGCUCCCUCAAGUCGAGCUUACUCACCAAAUACUCCGCCACCACCCAUCGUCUCUGGUGGAAUCGAUCCAGUGUUGGGAAUGGCCGAUGAUCUUUGGCCCACUCUGCACCACCUCGCAGAGCUCAUGGCGAUGAAACGCGAGCUUCAAGCCGCCACGGCGACGGGGCAAACAUCCAAGUUCGCCGUCCUGCGUACCGAAUACCAAACGGCAUACAAGGCAAUAGAAAAGGCCCUGGAGUCGUGGGGUCCGACACUUCCACCAGGCUUUUCCCUGGUUAACCGUAUAGUCGACGGCCCCGAAACGGCAUCAGAAGUCGAGCUUGCCAACAUCCGGUGGAUCACAAGCACGGCACUCGCAUACAGACAGAGCGCCCUGGCCUUUCUCUACAGCAACGUUUCGGAGUACCCUUCAUCACAUCGCCUAGUACAGAAACACAGUCAGGCCGCUCUGUGGCACUGUGCGGCGUCAGUGUCUCAUGGCGGAGCAGGACUCUCCAUGCUGUGGCCGCUCUUCUUCUCUGCUUGUCAUGCCAUAUGCAGCAGGGAUCGAGGCUUGGUGCGUCAGGCGUUCACUGCCUUUGGCAGCAAGAAAGGUGCGGUUGACACGGAAAAGCCGUGGGCUGUUGUCAUGGACGUGUGGAGAAGGAUGGACAUGCGAGCAUACGGCAAGGAGCAAGUGGGCUCUGAGGCCUGUCCAGACUUGUGGAGGCAAGUUGCGGCAAGCAUGAAGUUUGGCCUUGUGUUUGGCUGAAUGGGAGCGACUUCAUUCGUACGAGAGUCGGCCCGGUGAUUUGGGGACGGAGACGGAGACGGACAAGUCUGGGGAGACCCCAGUUCAUGACCUUUUCCGGGACCCUUGUUUUGAUAGCUUCGCGGCAAGACGGUCGUUCAAGAAGGCAACAUAUGUUUUGAUAAAUGGGG